AUGCGUCCAAUCAGUAACCAGAAGAAAGAGGAUGUGAAACAUCUUCUACAACAAGGUACACCAUACCGCGAAAUCUCUACACUCACUGGUGUCUCCCUUGGAGCUAUUCGAGCUAUUCGAAAGGACCUGAAUGUCGACAUUGAACCUAAUGGAGCUGGUCGAAAGCGCAUAAUGUCAAGCAAUGACAUUCGUGUUGUCAUUCGGAAACUCGUAACUGGCGAAUACAAGAGUGUUGAAGACGCAAGCCGUCAGCUCCGAGCUACCUACCCCAACAAGGUGACCCCAAGUGCUGAAACGAUUCGUCGUGAAAUGAAGCGUCUCAAUUACACCGCAAUUAAGAAGCCCAAUGUGUUGCCAUUGACCCGAUCGCGUCGCAAUGCACGAUUCCGGUUCGCGCAAGCAUAUCGUUCUUGGACUGUAGAGGACUGGAAACGUGUUGUUUUCAGCGACGAGACAAAAGUGAACCGUUUGGGAAGUGAUGGCCUUCAUUGGACUUGGAUUGAUCCUGAUGGCAAAUUACGUGAACGCAAUGUUAUCCAUACAUAUAAGCAUGGUGGCGGAAGCAUCAUGAUCUGGGGCUGUUUUUGUUGGUCAGGGCCCGGGUUUAUCACCAAAAUUCAAGGAACCAUGAAUGCCGACCUCUAUUGCAGCAUUUUGGAUGAUGAAUUCAAGCAAUCAUUGGAAUAUUACGGCCUUGAAGUGAAUGACAUCAUCUUUCAGCAAGAUAAUGAUCCUAAGCACAAGUCCCGGAAAGCCACCCAAUGGUUCCAGGAUAAUGGUGUUGAGGUCCUACCAUGGCCAUCGUACUCUCCAGACCUCAAUCCUAUCGAACAUAUGUGGGCAGAGCUCAAACGCAAGUUGCUUCUCUAUGAUGAGCCUGCUAAGUCCAUGACCGAGUUCUGGGAAAGGGUUUCCUAUACCUGGAACAAGUGUAUGACGAAGGAAUACUGUGAGAGACUCAUAGAAAGCAUGCCACGACGUAUAGAAGCCUGUUAUAAAGCAAGAGGAGGCUAUACUAAGUAUUAA